AGAGAGAGAGAGAGAGGGGUCAGUAAACUGUAACAAAUUCCACCGACUGACCCUGCUACCCAUUGAGAGGUCGAGAGAGAGAGAGAGAAAAAGCUCCCCGUGUCACAGCAGCUUGUGGCCGCACCAGAGCACAGGAGAGCCGCGCGGCAGUCGUCGCCCCACGGAGGGUCUUGAAGAUGGCAGUGUGGAUCCAGGCCCAGCAGCUCCAGGGAGAUGCUCUCCACCAGAUGCAGUCUCUGUACGGUCAGCACUUCCCCAUCGAAGUGCGACAUUAUCUGUCGCAGUGGAUCGAGGGCCAGCUGUGGGACAACAUCGACUUGGAGAACCCGCAAGAGGAGUUCAAGGCCAAACGCUUGCUGGAUGGGCUGAUCCAGGAGCUGCAGAACAAGGCGGAACACCAGGUCGGCGAGGACGGCUUCCUGCUCAAAAUCAAACUGGGACACUAUGCCAACCAACUCAAGAGCACGUAUGACCGAUGUCCUCUGGAGCUGGUGCGCUGCAUCAAGCACAUCCUCUACACCGAGCAGCGGCUCGUGCGCGAGGCUACCAAUUCCAACUCUCCGGUGGGCGGAAUGUUGGACAGCAUGUCUCAAAAGUACCAGCAGAUCAACCAGGCCUUCGAGGAGCUUCGUCUGCUCACCCAGGACACGGAGAACGACCUGCGCAAGCUCCAGCACAACCAGGAGUACUUCAUCAUCCAGUAUCAGGAGAGCCUGCGCAUCCAGGCUCAGCUGUCCAGCCUGGCCACACUGCCCCCUGCUGACCGACAGUUACGAGAGCCCACCUUGUUAAGCAAGAGAGCCACAGUGGAGGCAUGGCUGACGAGGGAGGCCAACACACUACAGAAGUACAGAUUGGACCUGGCAGAGAAGCACCAGAAGACGCUGCAGCUGCUGAGGAAGCAGCAGACCGUCAUCCUGGACGACGAGCUGAUCCAAUGGAAGAGACGGCAACAGCUGGCGGGCAACGGGGGCCCGCCGGAGGGGGGCAUGGACAUUCUGCAGUCCUGGUGCGAGAAGCUGGCGGAAACCAUCUGGCAGAACCGGCAACAGAUCCGGAGAGCCGAGCACCUCAGGCAACAGCUGCCCAUCCCGGGUCCCAUUGAAGACCUCCUCAAUGAACUCAACAGCACAAUCACAGACAUCAUCUCAGCCUUGGUCACAAGCACCUUCAUCAUCGAGAAACAGCCCCCGCAGGUGCUGAAAACCCAGACCAAGUUCACGGCCACCGUGCGCCUCCUGGUCGGCGGCAAGCUGAACGUGCACAUGAACCCACCGCAGGUCAAGGCGACCAUCAUCAGUGAGCAGCAGGCCAAGUCACUGUUGAAGAACGAGAACACCAGGAAUGACAGCAGCGGGGAAAUUCUCAACAACAACUGCGUGAUGGAGUAUCACCAGACCACAGGCACGCUCAGCGCUCACUUCAGAAACAUGUCCUUGAAGAGAAUCAAACGGUCGGACAGGAGAGGAGCCGAGUCGGUCACGGAGGAGAAGUUCACCAUCCUCUUCGAGUCCCAGUUCAGUGUCGGAGGCAAUGAGCUCGUCUUCCAAGUGAAGACGUUGUCGCUGCCUGUCGUGGUGAUCGUCCACGGGAGCCAAGACAAUAACGCCACGGCAACAGUGCUGUGGGACAACGCUUUUGCAGAGCCCGGCCGCGUGCCUUUCCUGGUUCCGGACAAGGUUCUGUGGCCUCAGCUGUGCGAGGCCAUCAACAUGAAAUAUAAGGCGGAGGUGCAGAGCAACCGCGGCCUAUCCGAGGAGAACCUGGUCUUCCUCGCCCAGAAAGCUUUCGGCAACUCCAGCACCAGCAUCGAGGACGAUCGCAACAUGACAAUGACCUGGUCACAGUUUAACAGAGAAAGCUUGCCCGGCAGGAAUUUCACUUUUUGGCAAUGGUUCGACGGCGUGAUGGAGCUGACAAAGAAGCAUCUCAAGCCGCACUGGAAUGACGGAGCCAUCCUGGGCUUUGUGAACAAGCAGCAGGCUCAAGAUAUGCUGAUGUCCAAACCCAACGGCACUUUCCUCCUGCGCUUUAGCGACUCUGAGAUCGGAGGGGUCACAAUCGCCUGGGUGGCCGAAAACCCAAACAAAGCAGGCGAGAGAAUGGUGUGGAACCUCAUGCCCUACACAACCAAAGACUUCACCAUUCGCUCUCUGGCCGACCGCAUCAGCGAUCUCAACCACCUCCUCUUCCUCUACCCCGACAGGCCCAAGGACGACGUCUUCUCCAAGUAUUACACCCCUCCCCUCUCAAAAGCGGUGGAUGGCUACGUGAAGCCGCAAAUCAAACAAGUGGUGCCUGAGUUUACAACGGCCAAUCCCGAUCCGACAAGUGGGAACGCGACAUACAUGGAUCACGGCGCCUCUCCUGCACCUGUUAGUCAUCCUCACACCUUUGGCUUGUACCCACCCAUGAGCGAAUCCAUGCUGGAUGCGGACGGAGACUUCGACCUGGACGACACCAUGGACGUGGCGCGGCACGUGGAGGAGCUGCUGCGACGGCCCGUGGAGAGCCAUUGGGGCGGCCAGCAGUCGUGACCGCACCCAACCAACCCAACCAGCCCCGCCCCUUCCACUUGACAUCGCUCAUGGGUUUAAUUCCGAUCAUCUUUGUCUGUUUUGCCCUCUCCCUUCAUUGCUAUAAUGUGAAUUGUUAAUAACGGUUGUGGUUUUAUUUUGUUUUCUGUGUGAAGUUUUAUUAUUUGUGUCCAUAAGUAUUUGUACAAGGUUUCAGUGGAAAACCGACAGUGUUACAGUAUUGGUUAAAAAAAGAUAUCUAUAGUGUUCAAUUGUCAGUCUGCAUGCAUUCUCUUGAUUUUAACAUACGUGCUACUGUACGAAGACUUUUGUAUUAUAUAUCUGGGCUUUGAAUGAAUGCUGUCUUUGGACAAAAAAAAACUGGAACUUUACUCAAGAGCUUUUUCUCGUUACGGCAAACACUCACAGCAAAGUGGUUACGCGUACGACCACUCACUCGGAUCCGUUCACCAGCUACAACCUCGCUUGGGUGCACUUUGGCACCUUUGUCUAUUGUCCGGAGCUAUUUGUUCAACAACGCUACCUGCUUGUCCUCUCAGCCCCCAAAAACCCCCCCCCCUCCCGUGUUCCAGACCUCCUCAUCGGUGCUGCCUUGCCUUAAUUCAUCUCUCACAGGCCGCCGUCUUUAUACCUUCUGUGUAACUGACACAAUUAUGGCACAAAGUCCACCUGCAGAUGGAUUUACAUGACAGAGUCCAAGUUCUGGAAUCGCAACAGAAAUCUGGAAUCAAUGAGUUUUCUGCUAGCCGUUCUUCAGGUAAAUUUUUUUGGUUGUUUUAAAUGCAAAAGCUCUGAUUCUUUUAGUUUUAUGUUCACUUUGACAGGAAACAUAAUCAAGAGGUUGAGGCCUCGAUGAAGAAGGAACGAUUUGCCAAAGUGUUGCUGAUUUUGAAGUAAUGAAAUAAUCGGCCAAACGACAGCUCCUACCCAGAAAAAAAAA